AUGUUGGAAAAUCAACUUGAGCAGGUCGCCGAUUCGCCCUCGAGAGUAACAGGGAGAUUUUCGGGAAGACCAGAAACAAAUCCUGUGGAGCAUUGUAAUGCGAUUACCUUGAGGAGUGGAAAGAGAGUAAAUGAGCUCAAGGAUAACCCAAAGCUAUUUCCGGACAGAGAAGAACACGACCAGGACGUGGUGAUUAGCACGCCCGUGCCAAUCACCGAGAGAUCCUCCAGCGAACAGCACGCCCCUGUCGGAAUGAACAGCACGCCCGUGUCAUUCUCUACUUCUGAAAAGACAAAAAAAAUAUCUGAAGGCCAAAAAACCCAUGCACACGUAGAAAAAUACGAACCACCGAUUCCAUUCCCUCAGAGGAUAAUUAAGGCCAAACUUGAUGAACAAUUUGGUAAGUUUCUUGAUGUCCUAAGGAAGUUGUAUAUUAACAUUCCAUUCACAGAAGCCUUGCAGCAAAUGCCCACAUACUCAAAAUUUCUGAAAGACAUAUUGACAAACAAAAGGAAAAUUGAGGAGAGCGUAACGGUAGCACUGACGGAGGAAUGUAGUGCUUUAAUUCAAAACAGGUUACCUCCUAAACUCAAGGAUCCAGGUAGUUUUUCAGUCCCAUGCAUGAUUAGGAAUCAUAACUUUGAUAAAGCUUUUUGUGAUCUAGGAGCUAGUGUCAAUCUUAUUCCAUUUUCACUGUGUAAGAAAUUAAACUUGGGUGAAUUGAAAAUUACAACACUAGCUUUGCAACUUGCUGAUCGCUCUGUGAGAUAUCCUUUAGGUAUAUUGGAAAAUGUACCUGUCACGGUUGGGAAAUUUGUCGUUCCUGCAGAUUUUGUUGUUCUAGAAAUGGAUGAAGAUCCAUACAUACCUAUUAUACUAGGAAGACCUUUCUUGGCCACUGCAAGAGCCGUAAUUGAUGUUAAAAAUCACAAGCUGUCGUUAGCCGUAGGUAGCGAAAAAAUUGAGUUUGAUUUGUCUAAAGCUAUUAAACAACCCUUCCUGCAGAAUGUGUGUUGCAGGAUUGAUGAGGUGCAGAUGGUUGAAGAAGAGGAAGAACCGUUUCUCGGAUUCAGCGAUACACUGGAUGCAUACUCGGAUGAUGAAGACGUUGCAAAGAGCAGUGAAGAUGGAGGACAAAUCAACCUUGUGCGGCAUAUGACUGAAGAAGCGAGGUUAGAACAAAAAUCAUUGGAAAGUGAAAACCAUGAAUCACCGCAGGUAGAACUUAAACCUCUUCCAUCAACCCUCAGGUAUGAAUUUCUUGGUGAUAAUUCUACAUUCCCCGUGAUUGUAAAUGCGAGUUUAAAUGAAGUAGAUACUGAAAAGCUGCUCCAUGUGCUUAGAAUGCAUAUUAAAGCCAUAGGAUAUACCAUUGAAGACAUAAAAGGGAUUAGCCCUUCAUUAUGCAUGCAUAGAAUUUUGCUCGAGAAAGAUUUUAAACCUUCAGUUGAGAGACAAAGGAGGCUUAAUCCUAACAUGAAAGAAGUGGUCAAGAAAGAGGUUUUGAAAUUACUAGAUGCAGGAAUAAUUUAUCCAAUCUCUGAUAGUGAAUGGGUAAGUCCGGUUCAUGUUGUGCCAAAGAAAGGUGGGAUGACAGUAGUUAGAAAUUCAAAUAAUGAGUUGAUUCCCACUAGGACGGUUACGGGGUGGAGAAUGUGUAUUGACUAUCGGAAAUUAAACAAAGAAACUAGGAAAGAUCACUUCCCACUUCCAUUCAUUGAUCAGAUGUUAGAAAGGUUGGCAAAACACUCCUAUUUCUGUUUUCUAGAUGGGUAUUCUGGUUUUUAUCAAAUCCCUAUACAUCCAAAUGACCAGGAAAAAACCACGUUUACAUGUCCUUAUGGUACCUUUGCCUAUAGGAGAAUGCCUUUUGGUCUUUGCAAUGCACCAGCUACCUUUCAACGUUGUAUGAUGGCUAUUUUUUCUGAUAUGAUUGAGAAUAUUAUGGAAGUUUUUAUGGAUGAUUUUUCAGUCUAUGGUACUAACUUUGAUACUUGCUUAAACAAACUUGAGCGAGGAAUUGAAGUAGACACGGCAAAGGUGGAAGUAAUUGAAAAUCUACCUCCACCGACAAACGUUAAGGGAGUGCGAAGUUUGUUAGGACAUGCAGGAUUCUACCGGCGUUUCAUCAAAGAUUUUUCAAAGAUCUCUAAACCUUUGACAAAUUUGUUAAUUAAGGAAACUGAAUUUCUUUUUGAUGAAAAUUGUUUGGAUGCUUUUUCCAGGUUGAAGGAAGCUUUGAUCUCAGCUCCGAUAAUGCAAGUUCCCGAUUGGACCUUACCUUUUGAAAUCAUGUGUGAUGCGAGUGACUAUGCAGUGGGAGCAGUCUUGGGACAAAGAAGAGACCGGAAGGUACAUGCGAUCUAUUAUGCUAGCCGAACUCUGGAUGAUGCUCAGAUGAACUACGCAACUACGGAGAAGGAACUCUUAGCAAUUGUUUUUGCCUUGGAUAAAUUCAGAUCAUACCUCGUUGGCUUUAAGGUUAUUGUUUACACAGAUCACGCGGCCAUAAGAUAUCUAUUGAGCAAAAAGGAUGCUAAGCCAAGGCUCAUAAGAUGGAUUCUUCUUUUGCAAGAAUUUGAUUUAGAAAUAAAGGAUAAGCAGGGAACUGAGAAUGUGGUAGCGGAUCACUUAUCAAGACUAUAUCAGGGACAGAGUGGGACCAAGGAGGAAGAUCUUCCAAUUGAUGACUGUUUUAUAGAUGAACAUCUCCUUGCUAUAAAAAGGAUUGAUUCUCCAUGGUACGCAGACUACGCAAAUUUUCUAGCUUGUGGAAUUUUACCUCAUCAGAUGAGUUACCAACAGAGAAAGAAGUUUUUUGGCGAUAUCAAGAACUAUGUAUGGGAUGAUCCACUGCUUUUCAAGAAGUGUGCUGAUACUAUUUACAGGAGAUGUGUACCGGAGGAUGAAAUUUGUGAUAGAUGCCAAAGGACGGGGAACAUUUCCAAGAGACAUGAGAUGCCACUGAAUUCAAUUCUAGAAGUUGAACUUUUCGAUGUUUGGGGGAUUGAUUACAUGGGACCAUUUCCCCCGUCUCAUAACAAUAUCUACAUUCUGGUAGCAGUGGACUACGUAUCAAAGUGGGUUGAAGCUAUACCAUCUCCAACGAAUGACGCGAAGACUGUGAUAAAACUUUUUAAGAAAAUCUUAUUUCCUAGAUUUGGAAUUCCUCGAGCGGUGAUUAGCGAUGGAGGUUCACACUUCAUUGAAAGACAAUUUGAAAAUCUUCUCAAAAAGUAUGGAGUAACUCAUAAGAUUGCCUCUCCGUAUCACCCCCAAACCAGUGGACAAGUGGAAGUAUCAAAUAGAGAAAUCAAAAGCAUUUUAGAGAAAACUGUGAAGCAUUCACGAACAGAUUGGUCAGAAAAAUUGGAUGACGCUCUAUGGGCAUAUCGGACAGCUUACAAGACUCCUAUUGGUAUGACGCCGUUUCGCUUGGUGUAUGGGAAAUCUUGUCAUCUUCCUGUAGAGUUGGAACACAAGGCUUUCUGGGCAAUACAAUUAUUGAAUUUCGAUCUAAAGAAUGCCGGAGAGAAAAGAAGGCUUCAGCUUGAUGAACUAGAAGAACUCCGACUUGACGCUUAUGAGCAUGCAAAAUCCUAUAAAGAAAGGACUAAGCGUUGGCAUGAUCAACACAUUAUGCGUAGGGAAUUCCAAGAGGGUGAUCUUGUAUUAUUGUUCAACUCUCGAUUGAAACUCUUUCCAGGAAAGCUUAAAUCCAGAUGGUCGGGUCCUUUUGAAGUGAAGAAAGUUUAUCCUUAUGGAGCUGUGGAUAUAUCGAAUGAAACCACCGGAGUCUUCAAAGUGAAUGGAGCAACUGCCCAGGUAACAGAGGAGAACACGGCCGUGCAAAUUUCAAACACGCCCGUGUUGGUUGCUGUCAGAUUCAUGGCGAAUACUAUUUUUGGGAGAGGGGACAGUGUUGGGGUAGCCAGGCUAAGUGAAUUGCAGUUUUUAUGGGCCAUGAUUAAUGAUGUUAAAAUUGAUUCUGGAGCUCACCUAGUUAGACAUUUUGUGAAAAUUGGGAAUAGCUCGACUGGAGUAAUUGUUAUUGGAGGACUUUUGACUAAGAUUGCAUUAGCUUUAGGGUGUGAGUUGGAUGGAUUGGAGACUUGCCCGGAUGUUAGGACCCAAGAUCUACCCACAGUAGGAGAGCCAUCUAUUCCACCGCAUGUACCGGUACCCCAGGUUUCUUCCUUCAUACCGGAGUCCCCUAGGACUAUUACUGAUGAUGUUUCUGCAGGACCUUCUGUUUUUGAUUUUUCAGGAUUUCGUACAUCGUUUGAGGAUUUCAGAGAAAAGCAUACUGCGGAUAGAAACAUGUGGGAGCAGUUUGCUCAUACUUCAGAGAAGCAUUAUGAGCGAGUUGACAGAUUCGGUGGAGUUGGUAGUGCGCACAAUGAGGCAAGAAUACAGUUUGAGGGUUUCAAGAAUCAAAGACAAACUGUGGAGUAUUCAUUUUCAUCGGGGAAACAUGAGAUCGAAGUUGCUUAUCGCAAACGCUUGACUGCGAUUUUAAAAGUAAUUCGAUUUUUGUUGUUACAAGGAUUGCCUUUUCGGGGACAUGAUGAGUCUUCGACAUCAUCCAAUAGAGGUAAUUUUUUAGAAUUGCUCAAAUGGUAUAGCUCAGAGUGUCCAGAAGUUGCGACAGUUGUUGGAAUGAAUGCACUUGGAAAUAAUCAAAUGAUUGCCCCAAAAAUUCAAAAGCAAUUGGUGAAUGCUUGUGCAAUUGAGACCACAAAUGCUAUUUUAGUUGAUCUUGGAGAUAGGUGGUUCACUUUACUACUUGAUGAGGCUCGUGAUUGUUCAGUGAAAGAGCAAAUGACAGUUGUUAUUAGAUAUGUGAACAAACAUGGAGAGAUGAUUGAACGAUUUAUGGCUGUAGUUCAUGUUGCAACAACUACGUACAGCUGCUUGUUUGAAGGAGAGGUUCUUCAAAAUUUGAUUGAUGAUGGUGAUCGUUCUUCUAAGGGUUUAAGUAGAACUUUGGUUGAAAGAAUGGAGAGGAUUGGAGAUAAAUGGACGAAUGACAAUUUGGUAGUCUAUAUCGAAAAAGAUGUUUUUAAUACUGUCGACAAUGAGCCAAUUUUACAGCGUUUUCAGAACAUUGAGUUUCGAAGAAUGCAAUUGUCAUGUGGGUCUUCAGCUAUGAUUGUUGUUUCGGCAAUUUCCUCGAUCUCGGACUCUUCUGUCGGCGGCUCGGUGUCCAUCGAGGAGUUGGAUUCGACUUCAAGUGGUUCUUCGUAA